UCGUCGUGGGUGAGAAGCUGGGGGCUGCUGAGGGGGCCACGCGAGCCUGGGCAGAGUGAGGAGAGCCUCAGAUUUGGCCCAUAAACCCCGUCCAGCUUGCAGGCAGAGGGCGAGGCAGAUGACCUCAGCGAGACCCGGUAGUCUAUCUGAGGGGUCCGGGCCACUUGCCGCUCUCCAUGGAAAAAGAGGCCGGGCGGGGGGAGGCAGGCCUGUUUGCACUCGUGGCACUUAGUGCAUCCAAGCUGAGCCGCGCUGUUCAAACAGACUCCCAGCCUCUGGACACCUGUGCCUGGGAGGGCGAGGCCGGCAGGAGGCCGAGUGCAGGUCCCCCAGCCCUGCCCGCAGCUCCUCCCCAAGCCAGCCCCGAGGCCCUGGCAGAGUCCCGGCCACACCAUGCCCCACGCCGGGCUCUGCAGCUGCUGGGGCGGCCGGCUGCUGCCGCUGCUGCUGGUCUAUGUCUGCUACCUGCUGCUCGGUGCCACCAUCUUCCAGCUGCUGGAGAGGCAGGCGGAGGCUCAGUCCCGGGACCAGUUCCAGGUUGAGAAGCUGCGCUUCCUGGAGAACUACACCUGCCUGGACCAGCGGGCCCUGGAGCAGUUCGUGCAGGUCAUCAUGGAAGCCUGGGUGAAGGGUGUGAACCCCAAAGGCAACUCCACCAACCCCAGCAACUGGGACUUCAGCAGCAGUUUCUUCUUUGCCGGCACGGUCGUCACUACCAUAGGAUAUGGGAACCUGGCACCCAGCACCGAGGCAGGCCAGGUCUUCUGUGUCUUCUACGCCCUGGUGGGCAUCCCUCUCAACGUGAUCUUCCUCAACCACCUGGGCACGGGGCUGCGUGGUCACCUGACCACACUGGAGAGGUGGGAGGACCAGCCCAGACGCUCCCAGGUCCUGCAGGUGCUGGGCCUGGCUCUGUUCCUGACCUUGGGGACACUGGUCAUCCUGGUCUUCCCGCCCAUGGUCUUCAGCCACGUGGAGGGCUGGAGCUUCAGCGAGGGCUUCUACUUUGCCUUCAUCACUCUCAGCACCAUCGGCUUCGGGGACUAUGUUGUCGGCACGGACCCCAGCAAGCAUUACAUCUCGGUGUACCGGAGCCUGGCGGCCAUCUGGAUCCUCCUGGGCCUGGCAUGGCUGGCGCUGGUCCUCCCGUUGGGCCCCCUGCUUCUGCACAGGUGCUCACAGCUCUGGCUGCUCAGCAGGGGCCUCCGCCUCAAGGAAGGGGGAGAUCCUGAGGCCAAUGGGCUCCCCAGACCUCAGAAGAUCCCCACCUCUGCAUGAGCCCCCACCCCAGUGGUCCGAGGAGCACCACUCAGCUUCCCCCGCCCUGCGCAUGUGUUCUCUGGAUUUCCCUCCCCACUCCUCCUCUCUCAGCCAGGGCUGAUCUCAGGAGCUCACUGGAGAGAGAAAGGAGGGAGGAGUGUCCCCAAAAGUACCAGAAUGGAGAUGGGGAGACAGGAUUAUGACGGGUGGGUGUGAGGCGAGAGGGUGGCCAUUGUCCCAGAGCCCCUGCUCUUUUCCCCUCAAAGGGGACCAGACAUGGAUCACUGUGGCCAGACCCCCACUGCCCUCCUCCCAGCCCCUCCCCAGAGAUGCUGCAGGACAGCAAGCAAGGGUGGCUGUGCUUCUGCCUCAUUGGAGACCUGCGCAGUGUUCGCUGGUCUGACCCCGCGAUGUGUCUGCACUGAGUCAGGCUCUGGGAAGUCCCUGACCUCCAUGUGCACUUAUUGAGUGGAAGGAUUAGCUAAGUAGAGGGGCAAUCCCAACCCAGGACUCAAAAUGCUAUGACGAG